GGAGAAGGAGAUAGUUAGGACGCUAGCUGCAAAUAAUGGCGGAGCUCAUCAACAAUGAAACUCUUUCACUUGUACUCGUCGCCGUUUUCCUCAUCCUCUUGUACAAGUGGUCUUCUUCCACUUCCAGUAGUACCAAAAACUCACCACCUUCUCCACCAAAACUCCCCAUCAUCGGAAACCUUCACCAACUAGGCGCUCGAGGAACUCCACCCCAUCGCGCACUUCAAGCCUUAUCUCGAGUACAUGGUCCUCUCAUGCUCCUCCAUUUCGGAAGCGUCCCCGUCCUCGUUGUCUCGUCGGCCGAGGCUGCCCGGGAGAUCAUGAAAACUCAUGACCUCGCAUUCGCCAGCAGACCUAAGUCCACCGCCUUCGAGAAGCUUCUCUACAACUACAAAGACGUGGCAACUGCGCCAUACGGUGAUUACUGGAGGCAGGUGAAGAGCAUAUGCGUGCUGAAUCUCUUGAGCGCCAAGAAGGUUCGGUCCUUUCGCGGCGUGAGAGAAGAGGAGACCAGAUCCAUGAUCAACAAGAUAAAGGAAACGUCACAACGGGGAGGAGUUGUGAACGUGAGGAAGAUGCUUAUGACGCUUACGAACGACGUCGUCUCGAGGGCAGCUCUAGGGAGGAAGUACCACGAUGAUGGGGAAUUUAAGGAGCUCUCCACCGAAUUUACGGAGUUGGCGGGAAGUCUUCAUGUUGGAGACUUAAUUCCAUGGCUUGGUUGGUUGAGCCGUCUUGGUGGUUUGGACGCUAAACUAGUCAGUUUGGCUAAACGGUACGAUGAAUUUUUGGAUACGGUGCUUCAAGAGCAUAUUGAUAAAACUUCAGACACUAGCAGCAGAAAUGAUCAAGGCCUUGAUGAUCAGAACGAGGAUAACAAGGAUUUUGUGGAUGUUUUACUUGAAAUUCAGCGGCAAAACUUGCUCAAUUUUCCUCUUGACAGAGUUAGCAUAAAGGGUGUCGUCUUGGAUAUGUUCCUUGCUGGGACUGAUACCACAUCUACACUUCUAGAGUGGGCAAUGGCAGAGAUUUUGAAGCACCCAAGGGUCAUGAGCAAAUUGCAGAAAGAAGUUAGGGGUGUAAUAAAAGGAGAAGAAGAAAUAUUAACUGAGGAUGAUUUGGUUGAUAUGCACUACUUGAAGGCAGUGAUUAAGGAGGCUCUUCGCUUACAUCCUCCAUUUACCCUACUAUUGCCAAAGAUGUCGACUCAAGAUGUGAAAAUAAACGGUUAUGACAUUAAGGCUAACACACAAGUCUUGGUGAAUGCCUGGCAGAUCGGGAGAGAUCCCGAAUCAUUCAAUGACAAAUUAGAAGAGUUUGAGCCGGAGAGGUUCUUGGAGGAUAAUAGUGGUCUAAGUUAUAAAGGGACUGACUUCCAGUUUAUUCCAUUCGGAGCUGGCAGGAGGAUCUGUCCCGGGAUCCAGUUUGCUACGACUGUCAAUGAGAUUGCUCUAGCAAAUUUGCUGCACAAGUUUGAUUGGACAUUUUCCGGUGGAGUAAGAAAUGAGGAUUUAGACAUGACUGAAUCAUCUGGCUUAACAAUUCAUAAGAAAUACCCUCUUAAAGCCGUGGCUAUUCCAUAUUCAUCAGCUUAACCACUAGUUAUUGUAAGAGUGCCUAGCUAGCUAUAGCUUGUUCUCUCUGUUGUAGUAUAUAUGAAACAUGUUGUAUUGUUCAUAGUAUAAAAUGUCUAUGUCAUGUAUAAGAUAGGUAUUCUAGGUAUAGUGACUUGUGAGUCAAGCUUUAUGCCAAUGGGGAACAAGUGUGGCAAUCAUCAUCAUCACAACCACAAUGUGGAGCUGCAAAUGGAGAUGCCACAAAUUGAGGCUACAAAUGAAGAUGCCAUCAAGUUGUAUCAUUAUUUACUUCAAAUGUAUCCCUAUAAAUACCUCAUUUGAAUGAAAUGAAAGAUACACUUGAAUCUCUGUUCUCUCUCUCUCUCUCUCUCAGUUAAAUUUUGCUUGUCCUUAAACACGUUAUCAGCACGAGCUCCUAGCCCUUGCUAGCCAUACCGUGCGCUGCCCCUGCGCUCGUUCCUGUGCAGAUCAGUCCGUUUGCACACCCCGAAACAUCUUGAUCGGGACCUCAGAUCAAAAUCCUUCCUUCAUCAAAGUUGUUCGUCUCUGUCUUUUCUAUUGGACCUCCAAAUUUCAGCCUUAUUGGAGUGUUUUUGAGACCUGUACAUCAUUUGAAGUGGGAGUUGUUCAGCAUGCUGGUUCCUGUGCAGAUCAGCCUGCUUGCACGCCCCGAAACAUCUUGAUAGUGAUCUCAGAUCAAAAUCCUUCCUUCAUAAAAGUUGUUCAUCUCUGUCUCUUCUAUCUGACCUCCAAAUUUCAGCCUCAUCGGAGUUGUUUUGGGACCUGAACUAUUCCGUCAAAAAGCAAGCAGCACCUCCUGCCGAGUCCCUGCGCAGCAGCUGCCGAGACCCUGCACAGCAGCUGCCGAGAAGCUGCCGAGCCACCUGCCAUUCCGGCAACUUUUCGGACACUUUUCCGGCGCUUUUUCCGGCGACUUUUGGGCAACUUUUUCGGUCAUUUCCGACAACACUAUUUCAAGGAUGUCGAAUGAACCUAGACUCGAUUUUCAAAUCCUUGACUCAACUGGUUCGGAUUACCAUAGUUGGAAAACCGACGUUGAGAACCAUCUCACAUCAAAAGGGAUAUUGCCCAUAAUCCAGGCACCAAACGCGGGCCUUGUGUUCCAACGAACACCCAUAAAACAUGCACAAGCAAUUAUCUUGAUGCGACGCCAUAUGGACAAAGCACUCAGAUUGGAGUAUAUGUCCAUCAAAGAUGCAAGGGACCUAUGGGUAGCGCUAGAAGGGCGCUUUGAUAAUAUCCAAGACUCCCUCCUCCCUGACUUGAAGGUUCAAUGGAACAAUUUACGCUUCUCCGACUUCAAGUCUGUUGCUGAAUACAAUUCAGAAGCUCUUCGGCUAAGUGCCAUGCUGAAGUUCUGUGAAAAACCUCUCACAGAAGAAGAGCUAAUUGAGAAGACUCUCUCCACCUUCCCCGUCGCAGCAAUUAUACUAUCAAAGCAAUAUCGCACCGAAUAUAAUGCUGGACGACUUACGAAGUUCAAUGAGCUUAUCAAUAUUUUGUCGGUAGAUGAGAAGCACGACAAUAUCCUUGUAAAAAAUUAUAAUUCAAGGCCCGUAGGAACCAAAAGCGUUCGUGAGGCGAAUUAUAAUGCACCCAAGAAAGGGCGCAAGGAGCGGUACCCUACUAAUAAGGGGCAUGUAUACCCUAACAAGGGACAUGACGGACGCAUGGGUCCAUACAACCGCCCCAAUAAAGAAGGAAACCGCAACUUUGGAGCGGGCACACGUGGUGGCAAAUCCACACGUGGGAGAGGAGAAUAUAACAACACCAUGGGCCGUAACACUAUGGGCCGUGGAGGUCGCAUAAUACACCGUGGUAGUAGCAGCAACAACCCGCCUAGGGAAUAUCCACAACGUGCACCUCAAAUAAAGAAAGUCAACCACAAUGACGUGUGUCAUAGGUGUGGAUCAAUCGAGCAUUGGUUUAAGCAAUGCCAAGCAAGUACACAACUAGCUGCACGCUACAAGGCGUACAGAGAAAUGAGGGAGCAAGAAGCUCACCUUGCUGAAGAAGAUGAUGGUGAAGAUGUAAUUCUCACCAUAAAAGACUUCAAAGCUGAAAAUGAAGAGCACGAGGAUGCCGCAGACUUUGAUUAAAAUAGUCUUUUCUAUUUUCCAAUAAAACGGCAAAUGUGCCUUAGUCAAA